UUGAUCAAUUCUCAAAGUAAACCUACCGCUGAAUCUAUAGGUAAUUGGAGGUACGCUUGCUAAAACCCUUAUUGAAAUUUGCUUUCACCAUUGCAUUUGUUCCUGUUAUCAUUGGGUUUCCUUUAAAAAAACAUGGAGAUUUGCAUUUCCAUUGUGGCCAAAACUUCCGAGUUUGCAGUUGUUCCAAUCAAAAACCAAAUUAGUUACAUAUUCAAGUAUGAGGGCAAGCUUGAAAAUUUGAAGAACGGAGUUGAGAAGCUGAAGGAUGCAAGGGAAAGGGUGCGUCAUUUAGUGGAAGAAGCACGAAGAAGAGGCGAAGAGAUUGAGCAGGCUGUGGAAAAAUGGUUGACCGAAGUCAACAACAAGCUUACUGAUCAAGCUCAAGAAGAGGAUCAAAACGAAGCCAAGAACAAGUGUUUAUUUGGGUUGUGCCCUAAUGUAAAGACUCGUUAUCAGCUGAGUAAAAGAGCUGAGAAGGAGAGCAAGGCCAUCGUUGAACUCCUCAAUGAAGCUGACAAAUUCAGCUCAGAUUCGGUUUCUUAUCGUCCAGCUCCACAGGAGAUAAUGACCACAUAUGUUAGAGGUUUCGAGGCCUUUGAGUCAAGGAGGCUUGUAUUCAACGGGGUGUUGGAGGCUUUAAACGAGGGUAGUGUAAACAUUAUAGGGGUGUAUGGAAUGGGCGGUGUAGGAAAGACUACUCUAGCAAGACAAGUUGCUGGGCAAGCUAAGGAAACAAAGUUGUUUGAUACUGCCGUUAUGGCAACUGUAAAACAAAAUGCAGAGAUAGCAGAAAUUCAACAAGAGAUUGGAGAUGGUUUAGGCCUGGAAUUUCGUGAAAAGACUAUCCUUGUUAGAGCGGAUCGGCUGCGUGAAAGGCUGAAGAAAGAGAAAAGGGUUCUUGUUAUUUUGGAUGAUGUUUGGGAAAGCCUGGAUUUGGAAGCUGUUGGAAUUCCUUGUGUAGGUGAUGAUUUGAGCUGCAAGGUUUUGUUGACUUCUAGAGAUCUCAAUGUUUUAUCCAUGAUGGACUCUAAGAGAAAUUUUGCUGUUGGUGUUUUAAAAGAAGAGGAAGCCUGGAACCUGUUUAAUAAGAUGGCUGGUGAUCGUGCUGUUGAAAGUCCUGAUUUAUAUUCUACAGCAACUGAAAUUGCUAAGAAGUGUGCAGGACUACCAAUUGCCAUAGUUACAGUUGCUAGGGCUUUGAGAAAUAAAAAUCCAUUUCAAUGGAGAGAUGCCUUGCAACAACUAAGAACACCUUCCCCAAGAAAUUUCACUGGGAUACCUGCUCCAAUUUAUUCAGCCAUAGAGAUGAGUUAUAAUCAUUUGGAAAGUGAGGAACUUAAGUCAAUUUUCUUGCUGUGCAGUUUGCUGUGUGCUGAUACUCCUAUUAGUGACUUGGUGAAAUAUGGCGUUGGUUUGGGCUUAUUUCAAGGCAUAAAUACAAUUGAAGAAGCAAGAGACAGAGCAUACUCAUUGGUCCAUCAACUGAAAUCUUCUUGCUUGUUGAUUGACAGCUUUUUUGAGGAUGUUUUCUCAGUGCAUGAUGUUGUUCGUGAUGUUGCACUAUCAAUUGCAUCCAGGGAGCAGCAGGGGUUUUCCUUAAGAAAUGAACUUGGACCAAAAGAAUGGCCACCUAUGGAUAUGCUAAAAAAUUGCAUUUCCAUCUCAUUGUCGCACAACCAUUUUGUCAAGCUUCCUGAAGAGCUGGAAUGUCCACAACUACAGUUUUUUUACAUUUGCAAUGUGUGUCCUACUCUUAACAUUGGGGACAAUUUUUUCGCAGGGAUGAGAAAGUUGAAAGUCUUAGAUUUGACUGGUCUGCGCUUUUCAUUACUACCUUCAUCGGUUAGUCUCUUAGCAAAUCUUGGUACAUUGUGUCUGGACCGAAGCAGUUUUGAAAACAUAGCUAUUGUCAGAGAGCUAAAGUCAAUUGAAAUCCUCAGCCUUCGUGAGUGUGACAUGGAAGAGCUGCCUAGGGAAAUAGGGCAGCUGUGUCGGCUAAAGUCGUUAGAUUUGGCUCAUAAUCCCAGACUGAAACUGAUUCCACCAGAAGUAUUGUCAAAUUUGUCGGGAUUAGAAGAACUAUGUCUGGAGAGGAGCUUUGCGGAAUGGGAAGUCAAUGGCAGUGCUAGUCUCACUGAAUUGAAGCAUUUAUCUAGGUUGACGUCUCUGGAUGUACAUAUUCCUAAUGCCCAAAUUAUGCCAACAAGGUUGUUCCCUGAAAAGUUGAAAAGAUACAAGAUUUUUAUUGGAGAUGUGUGGAAAUGGUCUAGUUACUAUAGUAAGAGGGAGUCCGCAAGAACAUUGAAGCUUAAGUUAAAUUCCAGCAUUCAGUUGGAUGAAGGAAUCAGAACUUUACUGAAGAAAACUGAAGAUCUAUACCUAGAUGACGUGAAGGAUAUCAAGAAUGUACUUUAUGAGUUAGAUGCUGAAGGCUUUCCUCAAUUGAAGAAUCUCCACGUCCAGAAUAAUCUGACAAUAAAACAUCUCAUUAACUCUGUGGAGUGGGUUCCAUGCAAAGCAUUUCCUAUGUUGGAGUCAUUAUCUCUUCAGAAUAUGACUAGUUUGGAGAAGAUAUGUCAUGGUAAAAUUCCAGCAGAAUCUUUUAGCAGGCUAAAACUCAUAAAGGUUUCGCAUUGUGAUGGAUUGAACAAUUUGUUCUCACUGUCCGCAGCCAGAAGUCUUUUCCAACUUCAAGAAAUUGAAGUAACUGACUGUGAGAGCAUCACAGAGAUUAUUUCCGAGGAAAGAGAGGCAAACAUUGAAGAAAAUGAAGCAAUGAACGAAAUAGAGUUCUGUCAGCUUCGGUCCUUGAAACUUGGACGUCUGUCGAAUUUUGUUCACUUCUGCUCGGGAGAGGAAAUUCCUUUAGCAUCUGAACAUGAAAGAACUCAAUCGAGUAUUGAGACAAGGUCUAAGGAGAGGAUGCUUUUCAACAAAAAGGAUGUGUUUCCGAAUUUGGAGAAUUUGAAUCUGUUCUCAAUCAACGUUGAAAAGAUAUGGUAUCAUCCUUUUCCAGCUAAUUGUUCUACCAUUCGAAAUUUGACAACACUCAUUGUGGCUGGCUGUGGCAAUUUAAAAUGUCUUUUGUCAUCUUCGAUGGUUCAAAGUUUCGUGCAGCUCAAAAUGCUCCAGAUUACUAAUUGUGAGAUGGUGGAAGAAGUAAUAGUUGCAGAAGAAGAAAAAAUAAGCAAGAUGAUAUUCCCUAAACUAGAGUCACUGCAGCUCUAUGACCUUCCCAAGCUUACAAGUUUCUGCUCUGAAACUUCAAUUGAAUUCUCUUCUCUAAGUGAGUUGUAUAUAAGAAACUGCCCUUGUUUGAAGAUGUUUAUCUCAGGCUUCAUAAAUGCUGGUAUGACAGAAGGAAAAGAGGCAAUGAAGAACAACUCAGAGGAGAACACCCAUACUGAAAUACCAGUUCUUUUCGAUGAGAGGGUGGCAUUUCCUAUGUUAAACCGAUUGGAUAUUUAUAAGAUGGCUAGCUUGGAAAAGAUAUGGCAUGAGCAACUUUCCGUGGAUUCCUUUUGCAAAUUAAAUGAUUUUUGGUUGGACUCCUGUGAGAAGUUAGUGAAUGUUUUUCCAUUUAGCAUGCUGGAAAGACUUUGGAAACUGGAGAUAUUAGAGAUAGCCAACUGUGAUUCCCUGGAAGAAAUUUUUGAAUCUCAAAGAUUCCAUGCUCAUGAAUCAUGUGCUGCAAAAGCCACUCAAUCGACAGCAGUAGAACUAGUCACUAAGUUUGCAUUUCCUCAAGUGAGGUUCUUACGAUUGACAAAGCUACCAAAAUUAAAGAGUUUCUACCCAAGAAUGCAUUCUACAGAAUGGCCAUCAUUGAAAAGAAUGCAGGUAACAGCAUGUGACAAAGUGGAGAUAUUUGCUUCAGAAUAUCUCAGCUUGAAAGAAAUCCAUGGAAAGACCCCAUUCGAAAUUCCAAUUCAACCCUUGUUUUGGGUGAACAAGGUUACAUUCCCUAGCCUAGAAGAAUUGGUAUUAGUUAGCAAUGAAAUGAUGAAGGGGAUUUGGAAUGGACAAGCUCAGGCAGAGUGUUUCCGCAAGCUAAAAGUUCUUGAGCUCAGAGGGUUUCCUAAGCAGUCAGCUUCCUUGGCAUCUUGUUUCUUCAGUUCGUUAAUGAGUCUUGAAAAACUUGUCAUAGGUGAUGCUUCUUUUGACAAGAUAUUCCAAUGUGAAGGGCUUGCUGGUGAGGAAAAACAUGCAUGGACAUUUCAUUGUUUAGCUGAGUUAAAGCUGUUUAAACUUCCUGAGCUGAUGCAUCUUUGGAAGGAAGGAUUCCAUCCUGGACCAAUGUUCCAAAACCUGAGAAAUUUAGAAGUUCUGGAAUGUGACAAAUUGAAGAAUUUAGCACCAUCUUUAGCGUCUUUCCAAAACCUAAGGAUAUUGGAAGUAUCGAAAUGCCAUGGGUUCAUAAAUUUGGUAACACACUCAACAGCCAAAAGCUUGAUGCAGUUAACUAGAAUGAGCAUAACACAUUGCAAAAUAAUAGAAAAUAUAGUUGCAUGUGCGGAUGAUGGCAUAAAGGAUGGAAUUGUUUUUUCUCAAUUGAAAUGUUUGAAACUUUUUUGUCUACCAAACAUUGAAUGCUUCUGCUUGGGAAGCUACCCCCUUGUAUUCCCAUCUUUAGAAGAACUAAUUGUGACAGAGUGCCCAAAGAUGAAGAUUUUCUCAGAGGGAGAGUUAAGUGCACCAAAGUUGCAAAAAGUGCAAGUGACAGAAGGUGAAGCUGAAGGGCAUAAGGAGGGAAGCCAUAACACCACCAUACAGGAGCUAUUCAAAGAACAGAAGGUCAAGACUUCUAAAGAAGUUUAAGAUAACCAUUCGUUGCCCACAAUGGAUUAAGGUUGAAUCUGCGGAAGGGUCCCUUUUGUUCGUAUGAAUGACCAACCUUUAAAGCAAUCUUUUGGAUGGGUUCAUUCAAUGCUUGAUAUUUGGUAUGUGGAAUGGAUGAUGUUUUGCAGUGGAAAAACGAGUCUGGGCUGUUGGGUUUUUUUUUUUUUGGAUUGUCAGUAAUUUCAUUGGGCUAUUCUGUAGAAGAAAAGUUUUUAAGGUAUUGAACUUUUAUAGUCUUCAGGUGGUUUGAGUUUGAGUUGGGCUGUAAUACUUUUAUAAUUUUAAGAAUUAUCAACUUGUAUAAAUUAUUAUUUAUUUAGUCUUUAUUACUUAUUAAUAAUUAC